GUGGUCCAGCUGGGUCUAAGUCUGACUGUCUUUGAGACGAGCUAGCGGUGAAAGAUAAGGAGGGAGGGAGAGAGGAGAAAUAUUCUCUCUUGCUAGCUUUCUUUUGGAGUUUUCUUCUGGGCUUUCAAGUGAGUUUAAGAAUAAAUUUUAAGUUAGCCAAUAUAGUAUAUUGAGAUCCAGAGAGAUAGUUUCUGAAGAAUAAGAAAAUCUCUUUGAGAGUUAUUAGGUUUGUUUGAAUCCUGUCUCUGGGGUGAAGCUUUUGUUUUUUUCUUCACUUGGGUUCUGUUUCUGCUAUCUUGAGUACAUAUAUACUUGUUGUGUGGUUCAGCUGGUUUUGGACAUAUAUCCAGCUUUAGUUUGCUCCAAUUUCAGCACCAAAAUGAUUUCUCAAGAUGGACUGAUAAGCUCUCUUCCUCCCACAACAACAACAAUCAGAGGGUUUGUUCAAGAACCAACUCUAAUUUCAAACCCUAACCCUAACCCUACUUCAAUCCCAGCUAAGCGAAAGAGAUUGCCAGGCACACCAGAUCCAGAUGCUGAAGUUAUCGCUUUAUCCCCAAAGUCUCUCAUGGCGUCUGACCGAUUCCUAUGUGAAAUCUGCAACAAGCGGUUCCAGAGGGACCAGAAUUUGCAGCUUCACAGAAGAGCGCACAAUCUUCCGUGGAAGCUGAAGCAAAGAACAAACAAAGAAGUCAAGAAGAAGGUCUAUAUAUGCCCUGAAAAGACUUGCAUCCACCACGAUCCAUCUAGAGCUCUUGGCGAUCUAACCGGAAUCAAGAAGCACUUCAGCAGGAAACACGGAGAGAAAAAGUGGAAGUGCGACAAGUGUUCGAAGAAAUACGCAGUUCAGUCCGACUGGAAGGCCCAUAGUAAGAUCUGCGGCACUAGAGAGUAUCGAUGUGACUGUGGCACAAUCUUCUCCAGGAAGGAUAGUUUUAUAACUCAUAGAGCCUUCUGUGACGCUUUAGCAGAAGAAAGUUCGAGAUACACUACAAUUCAAACUGCUGUGAAUCCAAAUUUGAAAAAUGAGUUGUUGAGUGAAACAAUCAAUUAUCCUCAAGCCAGUUCAAUCUCUCAAUUUUCCGCUUUUCGACCAGAUUUUGGUGGCUCGGAAUUGCAAUUAUGGCUCGAUCAUGCAAAUUCAGUUGGGGUUGCUGGUCAUUCUAAUGGUUACUUGACUGCUCCGACUGCGACAAGCUUGCCUGAAAUCGUACUUAGUCCUAUGUUUGGAUCCUCUUCACAAAUGCAGUGGCUCAACAAGUACUCGUUAGAUGGAGCAAUAUUUACCGGAGCCGAUGAUGUCUCGGCACCGGCAUUGGCACGACGAAUUACAAAUUUGGAGGAACAAAAGAAGAAGAAUUUGUCCGAAUCAAUGAGUUGUUUGUAUUCCAAUAGUAACCAACAACAAGGCCCAGCUCACAUGUCAGCCACUGCACUCUUGCAAAAAGCAGCUCAAAUGGGAUCCACAAUAACCAAGACCAAUACCACUACCGGCUUUGGACUGAUGAGUGGUAGUGCAUCUCUCUCAAGCUUCAACUCUCACAACCAGCAAAACAAAAAUCAAGAAAUAGUGCAAAAGCUUUUCAAGCCAGCGAGCCAAGAAGAUCAUAGCUCAAGUUCAAGCUCAUUUUUGGCCAAUUCGGUCACGGGAAGGUCUACUGAAGCUGAUGAGGGGAGUUUAACUAGGGAUUUCCUUGGCGUUGGAGGAGAAUCGAGCAGACCAUUUCUGCAACACGAGCUAGCCAAGUUUGUUUCGCUGGGUUCGGCAGCUGCAAUGGACUUGCGCCGUUACACUGGACAAGACUCGUGAGUUCGAUAGAAGGCCAGGUAUGGUUAAUUUUUAUUUUCUACUGCGUAGGAUAAUUAGGUGAGAACAUCGAAAGGUUUUGUUUUGUGACCAAUUAAGUUGCAAGAAACUGAGUCAACUCGGUGGAAAGGGCGAGGGAGAAGUCCCGAGUCAUGUGACAUCGGAAGUGAUCAGAGACUCAAUGGGUAGGCCCACUGCAUAGAGUUGGACGACAAGACAAAAAAGGACACGAUGGCAGUCAGAAAGGCAUAGGAGGUGGGACCCAUAUGCAUGUAGUUGUAAUUUCAUAUUCUUUUUUUUUUAUUUUCAGUUUUUUGAUUAUUAUCAACGUUAAAAAUACUGUUGACUAUGACAAGAGUUGUUGUCAGAGACUUUUCUCCUGUGAUGGCCGUGACUCUGUUUUCCACCGUGGACGUCGGUCUGGGAGGCAGGAGAAUUUCUUAUUAAUUUCAUUUUGUUGGGUCUGUUUUUAGGAAAAUUUGGGUGGGGGUUUAAACUUUGAACGCAGAUUAUAUAGUAAAAUCAUAUUAUAAUGCCCAAGGAAAAAAAAAAUAAUAUAAAAUUUCACCA